AACUGUACAAGUCAAUCAAGCAGCCGUAAUCGGUAGCGGACUUGCCGGCAUCGAAUACACCGAAACCGAGGGAGAAUACAGUACUGAUGCCCCGUUGAUACAGGACACUGUCGUUGUAGCGACGAGGACGGCAUUUGAUAGCGAUGGUCCUUGCACGGAAGUUGGCAUUAGGACUCCUCAAUCAAACGAUGUAACAUUGUCGGAUGUCACGUUCGUUCACUUUGAUACUGAGGGCUGCGGGGCGCUUGGUGGUUGUUCCGGUUGUGAGUGGUAUCAGGCAGGAUCUGAUGUCAAAGUUGAAAGGUUAAAGUUUUACAACUCCCCCAACAGAGUUGCCUUUCGUUGGGAAAGCGAGUGUUGGUUUAAGGACUUAGAUCGAUCACUGAGUGGGAAGAAGCACGCCAUGGUCCUGCCCUGGAGUCCGAUUCUUCCCACGGAGAACUGUAAGGUUGUCCCUGCGUUCAGCAAGGGUUUGGUCAGCGGCGCCAUGUGCGACAAGUCGGUAGUAUUGCACCGCUGCGAUUUCUACAAAGUCAAACCCGGAUGGCUAAGCGGGGGCAACAUGUCGGUAUCCACAGACACGGCAACGCUAACUGUCCCGUUCGUGAAAAACGGACUCAGAUUUCAAAACGGCUGGGCGACCACGUUACCGAGUUGGCAAACUUACACCAUUGAAUUCCAGGCUGGCAGCCUACCUACCAACUUGAGCUACGAAGCUACUUUGCACAACUUUAAAGAUGGUGACUACCUAGUCAUUAAACAUGCUCUCGCAAGCCAGCCCGACAAGGUUUUGAUAAACAAGCGUCUCGCUGAGAGAAGUUACGAACCGCUGACCUACCAGAAGCACAAGAGCCUACAGUGGCAUCUAGAGAACAACACAUUCAGCUACUUGGUUAGUGGAAAGGGGAAGAAGACUCCGACCGACCUAUCCGUAUACGUAGAGAUUCACGACUGUAGCGAACCGACGUGUGGAGGAACGGUCUACAUCUCCAAGAGACCACGUGAUGCAGUCUUCUGGUCACAUGACUCCAGCUGGCGAAUAGGCGGCGGUGUAAGAAGCGGGCAGGACAAGGUACCACAAGAAGGCGACAAUGUUGAGAUUCAAGAAGGCCUGUGGAUGGUUGCGGAUGUUCCUCUUCCUCGACUAGGCAGCCUGCUCAUCCGGGGAACUUUGGAAGUACCAACCGAACAAAGUCACGUGAUCAACGUGACCUGCAUCGUCAUCAUUGGUGGUCGACUCGUCAUCGGUUUUGAGGAUGAAGUGGUCCCGAAUGGUCACACAGUAACCGUCGCUCUACACGGCGGCUGUUCGAUUGAGGAUGUCCUAUCUUCUAGGGCAAAAAGGACAACGGCGGAAAUUGAGAGUCUUGUUGGAAUAGCUGUUUAUGGGAAACUAGAACUGCACGGUUCUCCCCAUUCGGUCACGUGGACACAUCUUUCUUCAACGUUUGCCGCGGGUAACAACAAAAUCAGGGUACGAGAUGAGGUAGACUGGCGCCCUGGGGACGAGAUUGUGGUGACGUCGACAAGCUACGACCCACAUCACGCGGAGACAUUCACUAUCAGAAAAGUUGGGAAAGACCGGCGGACUCUGUACCUCGACACACCCCUACAGCACACACAUCUUGGCGAAACUCAGUCCAUUUCGGACGAUAGCGGAUCAUACACAAUGGCAGCCGAAGUUGGUUUGAUGUCCAGGAAUCUUCAAGUGAUUGCAAUGUCCACUGACAACAACCCGCCAGUCCAUCUUCACGUUGGUCAACUCACAGAGGGUAGCAGGUCACACAUAGGUUCAGCACGUAUCAGUGAUGUGGAGUUCGCGGGUCCAUCAGGAGGAGGGGGAAACCAGGGGUCAUUCACCAUGACCUUCACUGGGGAUUCCACCAAUGAACAACUUUCAACUUCCUACGCCAUCAACAGUAGCAUCCAUCACAUCCAAUAUGGCGGACUUCAUGCCACUGACUCUCCCGAUUUAGAGAUCAACAACAAUGUAUUCUAUUGGACUGUCGGGCCGACAGUUUUGAUAGAAGGCCGCACCGGUGUUAUAAGCAAAAACCUAGUAUGUCUAUCAGUGGUUCCAAAUAUUGAGGAAAGGAGUAAGAUCUGGUACGGUGCAAUAGACGUCAGAAAGGCAGAGGGUGUGACACUGACAGGCAACGCUGUCGCAGGUUCGGAGAGAAUCGCUUUCCAAACAAGCGGGAUCACUUGUGACAGCUUAGGCAGUGAUACAAUGGAGGGCAAUGUUGGUCAUUCAUCGCUUCACGGCUACCGCAUCUCAGCCGGCAACGGGAAACAGGGUUGUACCAAGAUCAGCGGAUUUAUGGGGUACAAGAAUUUAGAUUACGGGAUAAGCUUUCACACAGAGGCUAGCGUUGUAAUUGAUGACGUGACUCUUGUUGACAACGGUGUUGCAGUGUUGCCGAUGGUGUAUGGACCUUCCGCGCUGUCUCACGAACUUGUAAACAAAUUCAUCACCAUCCGAGAGUCUUUCCUGGUAGGAAGUAGUCCACUGUUCAACUGUGUGACAGACAGGUUGGUUACAGAAGUAGCGGAAGAAACCUCAGUGUUUCGGUCACCAAAGAGCCAAACCAAUGGGCGCGUAGGGAUCAUUUGGCCCUCUUUCACCUCAAGUUCCCCGGAUGUACCGGAAACUCCUUGGCACGUCUCUACGUCAUAUCCUGCUAUCAACGGUGUGCUGAACAUCAACAACGUGACAUUCGCAAAUUUCGGAUAUCGAUGUGCACAGAACAAUCUUGACGUAGCCAUCAUGACGAACCCCAGUAAUGCUGACGUCAUGCACCCCGUGGUGGCUGAGGGGGUCCGGAUGGUUGACGUAGAAAAGGACAGCCGCUUAUUUCUGCACAGGGAAAAUCAAAGGGUUCCAUGUGUGGAAAGCAGCUGUGGUGGUUCCAGCCUUCCCUUCAUCCGGGACAUGGACGGUGGCAUCACGGGACUGAGCGGAAAUCUGUCAACGGUCAUUCCCGAGGUGCACUAUGGGUGGAAUCAGCAUAAUGAUCAGUUUCUUCCUGAAGGCAUGAAAGACUUCUUGUCAGCUCAAAACCUUGGACUGCGUUCUGUGGCUCCGUUCAAAGGUAUUGUAAGGAAGCUUGGCAGUCAACCGAAUUGUUUCAAAAACGACGCCUGGCAGGCAUAUAACUGCACCGGAAUCGGCCACUCGAUGCUCGUCAUAGAAAGUCUGGACCCCGAUACGGAAACUCGUCGUGUAGGCCCCGUCGCCAUUUUGGAAAAUGGCUACCUCAACCUCGUUGAAGAACCCACGAAGCAUGCUACGGGUGACUGUGGCGCCUCUACCUGUACCAAGCGGAUAUCGAAUUUCUACACGAUUGUUGCGACAGGGCAUCCGGUCCAAGUGUUCUUUUCCGCUUCGAAUCCACAGAAUCUACGCUUGCAUUUACUGAACACGAAAGAAACUCAAGGUAUAUUGCUUCAGAUAUACUAUGACAGACUAGAAAGGCUGGACGUGUACGUUGAAGGCGAGUACAUGACACCAACUAACGGCAAACUGUCCGGUGGUCAGCUGUACAUCAAUACACAAGACGAAGCGAACACGUUCAUCCCAAAGCUGCCACCAAACAAGACGGGAGUCAACUACUUUGACAGGGAGAAUCAGGUGUUUUAUGUCGUGGUAACCGGGAGCCAGCCCGUGGAGGUAAGGACUGUUCCAACUGUUCUGCUCAUCAUGGAUGUACAGCUGGAGGUGGUUGCAGUCGGAGACGACGAAGUGCGACAGAAGUUUGCAGACCUGUUGGUGGUGGAUGUCUCUCGCGUGAGAAUCAUCAGUAAGACCGAGAGAAACUCCAGACGGCGGAAGCGUGACCUGUCCGGGGAGGUGGUGACGCUACAGGUGGAGGUCGCUGACCCUCCUCUACCAACGGUCGAAAGAUAUGACGUCAACGUAAUGGCAACUGCGCAGACUCCGUCUGAGACGACAGAAGAAUCCCAGGCUGAAGAGGUGUCCGUUACCUGGGAAGAGCUCCAGGCAGCAGCAGCGAGAGUCGUCAACAGUUACCAGAAGGGAACGAUAUCUGACGAACUCGGUUUGGAGGUGCUGACGCUUUCCAUAGCAGAUGUUAUUCCGCCUCCAGAGAAGAUUGUAUGGAACGCGACUACCAACACUACAAGUUCGUCCGAGAAUUUGGGAUCAUCAAUCAUCGUAAAGUACCCUGUUCCCGUCUCCAUGGAGAUUUAUCAAAGCCCACCGCAUGAUGUCACUGUUGGUAAACUUCUAGUUCAGCCGAUACUAGUUCUUCUUGAUAUCAACGGAUGGCAAGUCACAUCUGUCGGCCACACCUCCGCUCCGUGGACUGUCACUGCAACCGCAGAGGGCUACACCUUACCUCAAAACUCUCCACUUCAAGGAGGAGUUACCAUAUCUUUCAGAGAUGGUUGGGCAAACUAUACUGAUCUUCAGAUCACGAAACCUUCGAACGGAUUCCGAAUUGUUUUUGAGAUAAGCUACCCUCCUGGAGCGAGCCUCAGUCAGAGGACGGACAGGAUAUCGGUCGCGGAUGAGGAGGGAGAGACAGUUGACUGGAUGAUGUGGAUCAUAGGAGGAUCCUCGGGAGGAGGGUUUCUUCUCGUGGUCCUAUUGGUUAUAAUAAUCUGCGUGUGCAAGAAGAAAUCAGCUCGUCGUGUGGGCUCCGAAGUCGUCGUUGCCAACUGGAGGAAACGACCUCACGGCAAGGGCGUUAAGGGCAAGAAAUUCAUCGACGAGGAUACUCCAUCGUCUUCCAUGGUCGGCAUGACUAGAGACGACGGCAAUGAGGACAACAGAGUCGGUACUCCUAUCGCUAAGGUCCCGAUCGUCUAUGAAUUUCUGCCGCCGAAACCAAGUAGUCCAACAAGGCAGAGUUCGACAUCCCCAAAUACAGACAAAGUGACGCAAAAGGACAAACUGGCAUCCAAAGAUAUUAUCGACUAUGACGAGCAGUAUGAGUUCAUAGAGUUACCUAGGAAAAGUAGCAAAGCAGAAAUUCAACAUAUAAGUCCACCGGCGAACAAAACAUCACACAACCAGGCAGCAGAACAAUUACAGAGUGACACAAAUGAUGCUUCAACGUCGACUGUAACCAGAGAACCAUUUUCAUUGUUCAAGUCCUUGAAAAGAACGCACAGUCUGAAGCCAAGGUUGGGCUUUAGAAGGAAUACCAGGAGGUCCGCUAAAAAGGGAGGGCCAUGUGUGAAGACUCCUGCAGAGGAGAUAAUAGAAGAGGCGGGGGAGGGCGAUGUCGAGGUUGAUAACAGCGACCUACACUUUGUUUAAACUCAGAACUAUGCCAAAUCUUUUGACUGACAGACGAGGACAAUGAGGCACUGUAGUCAAGUUAGUUAAUCAUUUUAACAGUGCUUCAUACAAAAUGACAGGUAUAAGUUUUAAGGUAGUCGCAUAUCCAUUUUUAGGCUGUAGUGGUAUCCAAUGUGUCUCGGGCACGGUAUUCAAAGGCGAAGCCUAACCCACAUCAUCCACCGCCUUUUACCUCCCCAACUGAAGUCAGGUGCUCUGACAUUCAUCGUACGAUCGUCGCACAAUCACACACUGAGGGGGUCAUUCCUGUUAAAGUCGUACAAAAGUCAUAUAUCCCCAUACCAAAAUAAAAGUCUCAGAUCAUUGUUGGUUGUUGGUUCUGCUAUAGCCAGGUGGGGAUAAACUACGAUUUUAAAACCGCAAAAUGGCCUACGACGAAUUUAAGCACACAGCAAGAAUUUUUAGUUAUUUAGUCAAUAGCCUUUAGCAGAGAAACCCAACGAUCGUGGCGGAUCUAAUUAUAAGUUAAUUGUGUUGCAUGUACACUCGUAAUCUUUUUUUGUUCAAUGUUUUUUCACGUUCGUUUAGAAAUGAUAUCACAUGGUCUUUUGUUUGGUUAGACCUUUUAUUUCAACUGUCAAAUUACAUUUGACACAUACUUAUCAUUCAAAAGCACUACAAGUAUAGGGUUAAAAUCAUUUCAAAAUGAUAUAGCUACUAGUUAUAUGAGAACAUACAUUACAGCGCAAACAGAAAGAAACGGAAAUUAAUUGAUAUUAUGACACAAGCUUUGAAUGAUAUUUGGAAGCUUUUGCAUGGCCUGCUUUUGUUACUUACUCUUAACAUGCGUCAUAAUUAUACAUAGGCAUCAUGCAAAGUGACCAACAAUGAUUAGUCCAAGGCUUAUGUAGCUUACAGCUUAACUGUCACAAAACUAAAGGAGAAAACAAACUAUUAACGCAGAAUGAUUCUUCUAAGAUAUACCGGUUCUUUGUUCUAUUUUAAUUCGGUCACGAUGAUUGUGGACAUCAAAAAGGAUUUAAGCAAAGAUUAAUUUGAUUGAAAAUGAAGUUGCUCGACGAUGCUAUGUUACAAAGAACCCACAUACAUAAACACACGUCAUGAUCGCUUUGCUGGUUUGUCAGAAGACUUAAGCUAGAUAUCUAGUGCAAGCAAGUCCCACAUUUCGGUACUUAGAACAGUACGCACUAGAGGUGUACAGGUACAAAAUCGUUUUUUUUUUCUUGUAGGACCGGCCCAGAAAAAAACGGACCUGAAAGAAAUCGGUGGACCGUAUUUUGUACCGAUAGUAAUACCGAUAGUAAUUUUUAUCAUGUUUUGUACAAUCAAACUUGGUUAAGUUAACAGAGACAGUGUUGUUAACAAAUAAAGUCACCAAACAAAAUCCUUAGUAACGAAAUUGA